AUGCAAUUCAAAUCAUUCUUCGAUGAACGAAAGACAUUCCUGAAAAAAACAUUGCCAGAAACGGAGAUCAGGGCCAAGCUUUCUUAUUUUUUUGAUUUAAAAUUUAAGCUAUUUGAUGAGAAAGAAAAGGAAGAAAUUACUUCUAAUGCUGUCAGUGAGUUACUUGGUAAAAUUGCUAAUGCUCUUCCAAAUUGGAGCUUUUGGAAAGGUUACAAUGUAUCUCCACCCAUUUUGAUCAUUGAUGAAGCAAACUUGCUUAGCCAACUUGGUGACAAUUCGAAGGAAGGGGCAAUUUUUCUUAAAUCAUUUCUUAACUGA